AUGACCGACAACAAAGACGACGUUACUUUGACCGAAGGCGUUAAUAAAAGCGCCAUUAACACUAAUGAUGAUCUUAGCGAGUUUGUAAGUUAAAAUUUAAACCGUUUUUUAUUAGAUGAUUGCGAAAUUAUCCCGCCAAUUUUUGUUUUUACCAAAAUUUAAUAUUAAAAAAAAACAACAACAACUAAUUAACAAAUAUAUGUGUCAUUAUUAUCAACAACCUGUUGCCAUCCCUUCGGCAUCAUUUGGAUUCAACUUCUGUAGAAACCUGGAGUUUUAGAAUUGAAAAAGUUAGUCCACCAUCGCUUGAGGUCGUCUCGGUUGUCAAAGCGUAUUGCAUUCAGAUGGUUUUGAAGAAAGUGGAACAUAUUAUAAUCUGAAGGCACAACAUCAGUGGAGUACAGCGCAUUUGGCAUCUCAGUCCAGCCGAAACUUUUCAGCUUGUGUUGGGUCAACAUUGUCACAUAGGUGCGAGCAUUGUCAUGAAUGAAGAAGACCCGGUCUUUUUUACCAUGAAAUGCAGCGGCAACAGAUUUAAUUUUUCUACAGUAGACAUCCACAGGAAUCGUAGUUUUAUGUGAUACCAUUUCCCAGUACACAAUACUUGUUGAGUUCCAGCUAACGCUGGUCACCUCCUCCAGUUGGUGAAGACCAGGUUUUGGAGUUGAUCCACCCUUUUCUCCACGUCCAAACCAUUGUUUCUUCUUGGUGUGAUUAAUAUACAGUACCCACUCCUCGUCCCCAGUAACCAAAUUGUCAAAUCAUGCAAAGGUCCUUGGGAACAUCAACAAAUAAGUGCAACUUUCACUUAGCGUUUCAGCUGGUCGCACUUGAAAUCAUGUGGAACCUCUUGGCCAUAUUUCCAUGAUCUUCCAAGGGUCUGAAGUCUAAUUAAUAAGGAAGAAGGAUCACAUUGAACCUCUACAGUCAAAUGAGUAAUAGUUCGUCUGGGGUCUUCUUCGAUUAGCUUCAGAAGGUGGGGUUUCUUCAACGCUGAUGGUCUACCAUAUAGAACUUUUCGGACAUGUCAAAGUCACCGUUUUUGAACAUGUGGAGACAAACUUUUGUGGUGUCGUAAGAGACAACAGGCCCUACAUCAGUGCAUAUUUCCUUCGUCGCUCUUGUUGCGUUGCCGUUCUCACGGAAGUUGCGAAGCAACAUUGCCCUAACAUGACCAUGUUUUACCUUGAUUUCUUGAACCACCGUAAACAACAGAAAGCUUGAACAUGCAAUAUUUUUUAGUGCUUGGACAUCUCUUUAUAUAGGUUGACAACAGAAAUUUCUAGAACAAUCCAGAAUUUUAAAAAAAUUUUUGAAAAAUUGGCGGGAUAAUUUCGCAAUCACCUAAUAAUAAUCGGAAUACGUUAUUAAAUUAGUUUACUGAACUGAUUUUCACUGCUUUAGGUACACAAUAUUUUGAAAACCACACAAAACCAGUUCGAGAACAUGUCUAACAAGAUUAUAUCGAGAAUUGACGAUGUGUCCAGGCGAGUGGACGAACUGGAAAAGAGCAUCACCGACCUCAUGAAUCAGGCUGGAGUUCAACCUGACUAA